AUCCUUGUAAUAGUGCCAUUUCAAUCGUUGCAUCUAGCGUCCAUUUAAUACUCGAAUGACAAAUCCAUUCUUGCCAAAGCGCCUUGCAUCGUCACCAUUCAUAUCCGUCGUGCAGGGCUCCUGUUUGACGUUAGACAGAACUAGAACCCGUCUUAUCAGUUCAUUUGUCCCUGCAUUGCACCAUACCACUGGCACUUUGACUUCUUGCUUGCCGAUGUUUCGUGGACAACCCCGGGCAUUAUCAUUAUGUCCAUCAAAUCAAACGGGAAUUGUCUUUGUCAAUUGAGGCAAGGUUUCAGCUUCGGCUUUGAAUCUCAAGCCCGGAUUAGCAAUGAUACCGUCAGCCCUUCCAUCUCCCCCGGUCGACUUCGGUAUCUCCUUUCAUCCCCAAUCGCCACUCAUACAUCAUGUAUCCCUCUGCAUAUAACUUGUAUUCAACAACGAUCUUGUCACCUGCGUAACGAGGGUAUCGGUGCGUCCUAUUUAACAUCGCAUAGAUCCCAAAGCUUAUCGCGCUCGUCUUACACAGUGCACUCGCAUCAUUUUUUUUCGCCUCGUCUCCGUACUACAGUGCUGAGAGGAGCCACGAUCGCUUGCUCUCCCUCCCGCCUCAUCUCACCUUGUGCCGUGCUUUUCUUUUCUUUAUAUCAUCCCAACUUGACUUUUUAUUUCAUUCCAUCAUGGACUUAUGCGUCGCAAUGCAUUCAUCAUACCCUUCAGCAGUGUAGUUCCAUCUUUACCUUGUUUCUUUCUUUCUUCUUUUCGUUGUUUCUUUUUUUGAUGGGGUUUUGGUUUUUUUGAUGUAGAUCCUUGGGCAGGAUCUUUGAUCUACUUGUGGCUAUCAGCAUGGAUUUCUUCACGACUAUUAGAUUGCAUAUUGGUGACAUGAUAU